AUUCACAUAAAUAUUGGUUCAUUCUUCUUAUCUCCCUUGUUCCAGGAAGCAACCACAUCAUCUUCCUUCCCAAUAUUUCUAGAGAGAGAAAGUGAGAUAUGGAAGGUGAAACAAGAUCAUCAAGAUUCAAGAGAAUAUGUGUCUUUUGUGGAAGCAGCUCAGGGAAGAAACCAAGUUACCAAGAAGCUGCUAUUGAGCUUGGCAAAGAACUGGUGGAAAAAAGGAUUGAUCUAGUCUAUGGAGGUGGCAGCGUGGGUCUGAUGGGUCUUGUUUCUCAGGCAGUUCAUGAUGGUGGGCGCCAUGUUCUAGGAGUUAUACCAAGGACUCUAAUGCCCAGAGAGAUAACUGGUGAGACAGUUGGUGAAGUGAAAGCUGUGGCUGAUAUGCAUGAAAGAAAAGCUGAGAUGGCUCGUCAAGCUGACGCAUUUAUCGCUCUCCCGGGUGGCUAUGGCACCCUUGAAGAACUGCUUGAAGUCAUCACAUGGGCUCAACUCAAAAUCCAUCAUAAACCGGUUGGUUUGUUGAAUGUAGAGGGUUACUAUAACUCAUUGCUGUCUUUCAUAGACAAGGCUGUUGAUGAAGGCUUUAUCUCGCCGACCGCUCGCCGGAUAAUCGUCUCCGCCCCAACCGCUAAACAGUUGGUCCGACAGCUAGAGGAAUUUGUUCCGGAAUACGAUGAAAUUGCUGCAAAGUUGACGUGGGACGAGGUCGAUAGACUAAGUUAUGUACCUGAUGCAGGGGUGCAGACGUAAAGUUUCGGUUGAUGGGCCUUUUUUUGGUGAUGUUAGUAUGUUAUGGGGGUAUAUAGUAAUGAUCUAUAUAUAGAAACACUUAUGAAAUGGUACCAUCUCCAGUAGUAGUGACUGUUUUGGUUUUUGUGGGAAUGAAUGUCCUUCAAUUUCAUGUAUAUGAUAUGGAAAUGGAGAUGAUACUUUGAUUUUUAACUUUUGAAAGUUUAAUGGGUAUUUAUAUUUUUGUCUUU